AUGCUCACCUCAGGCUUGUCCAACACGCCACUCACGAAAUUCUUCUUGGUGUACACCAUUGCCUCAUCAGUCGCGCUCUCAAUACUAGACAUCAAGCAUCUAGCAGUUAUCCAUGUCGAUCCGCACUUCUGGCCAUAUGCGCAAUUCUGGCGCGCAUUCAUCUGGCAAAUUGCCGGCUUCACGAACUCCACCGAGGCUCUAUUUGCUGCAAUGCUGAUCUACCACCUACGCGUCGUAGAGAGAGCAUGGGGAAAGCGCAAAAUGGCGACCUUCCUCUUAACUACACUCCCCUACACCACCCUCCUUCCACCCCUCAUCUUAGCCCUCGUCGCCCGCCCACUCUCCCUAAACAAACUCAACUACCUCCCCUCUGGUUCUAUUGCGACUAUCUUCGCCCUGCUGGUACAGUAUCAUGCCAUUAUUCCACAUGUAUACCGCUACCGCAUCGGAACAACAUCAACACCGAUAUCAACAUCCAGCACCACCACUACCCAAGAAGACUCCUCAAAUCCACCAACAGAAACAACGCCCAAAUCUCCACCAACUCUAUCCAUUCUUCUCUCUGACAAAUCAACCACUUACCUCGUGGCUGCCCAACUAGCCCUCUCCCAAUUCCCAACCAUGCUGCUCCCCUCUGCAGCAGGCUGGAUCGUCGGCGUCGCAUGGCGCGCAGAGCUGCUACCAGGCUUGUCCUCGUCCAGAGACGGCUUUCGAGUCCCGGCCUGGAUAGUCGGUGAGCGCGAGCGCAGGAGUGAAGCUGGGAACGGGAAUGGAGUUGAUGGUUCUGCGGAGCGCGAGCGCUAUGAGGAUUUGAGACGGAGGUUGGAGGGGGAGGCGGCUUCUGCUUCUGGGGUUGAGAGUGGGACUGGGAGGAGGAGGAAUGGUGGUGCUGAUGGGCAGAGUCAGAAUAGUGGACUUUUGGAUAGGCUGAGGGGGGCUUGGUGA